AUGUCAAACAACAUGGCCAAGAUCGCCGAGGCCCGUAAGACAGUAGAACAACUGAAGCUGGAGGUGAACAUCGACCGCAUGAAGGUGUCGCAGGCGGCGGCCGAGCUCCUGUCUUUCUGCGAGACUCACGCCAAAGAUGACCCUCUGGUGACCCCGGUCCCCGCCGCGGAGAAUCCCUUCCGUGACAAGCGCCUCUUUUGCGUCCUACUCUGA